AUGUGGGCAGAAAUACAACAGCCUCCUUCCCCUGUUCUCCUGUUCUCGUGUUCUUCCAUUCCAUCUCUUCCCCUGUUCGUCUCCUCGUCACCACUUUCCCUCUUCCCCUCCUCUUCUCUGCUUUCCUCCAUGUCUAUUCAUCCACCCAUCUUCAGGAAACUCAACGACAACCGUCUUGCGGGGACGAUACCUGCUGCAAUCACCAUACUCACUAAUCUCUCAUACCUGCACCUUGACAACAACCAGCUCACGGGAGAGCUGCCCUCCUUCCACCACAUCACCCAACUCACAUCGCUAGACAGACUGUCUGUUGCCUACAACUACCUCACAGCCACAGCAGACGCCUUCCCGUUCAACACCACCAGCCCAGACCCAGACGACCCCUCAGGAGGCCACAGCUCGUGCGUAUUCACCCACAACUGCCUUGAGUGGGUCUACUGCGGCCAUGGGCUGAACCAGAGGCGUGACAGUGAGUGCCGGGCGUUCUGUGGGGUGCAAGUGCAGCCGCUCAAAGAGCAGAGGCUCACCCCCCCGUGCAGCGGGCAUGGCAUGUGCUCCUUUGUGCCGGACCCGUCUCACACCAUGUAUCCUUGUGAUGAAGACGAGGAGUUCUGGCCACCCUACUGUGAACCUGUGGGGCAGUGCACCUGUGAUGACGGGUACACGCCAGGGACUGCUGCUGGCACGUGCGUCUCUCACGAUACCCUGCUGGUGCCUCAAGGUAUGCUUGCAGAUUAA